AUGUCCGCCUUCGUCCCCGUUCCCGGCUGCGCCACGCGCUUCCGCGUCCUCAACCAGGCGCCGCCGUCCGCCCCCGUCGUCGAGCGCGGCGACGUCGUCGUCGUCCACGCCAAGGGCGUCGUCAAGGAGACGCAAAAGACGUUCUGGUCCACCAAGGACCCGGGACAGAAACCGUUCGAGUACACCGCCGGCGUCGGCGGCGUCAUCACCGGCUGGGACCGCGGCUGCCUCGGCGCGCGCGUCGGCGAGACGCGCGAGCUCGACAUUCCCGCGAGCGAGGGCUACGGCGCCGGAGGAUUCCCGGCGUGGGGGAUCCCGCCGAACGGCGCGCUCGUGUUCGAGAUCGAGGUGCUCAGCGUGCGCGGAAAGUAG